CACAUGACUUUGUUCAACACAAAAUUCUCUCUUCCCACGCUUUCCCCCCCUAUAAAUACCUCUACAUACCUUAAUCCUUCCCCCCCACCUUCAUACCAAUUCUCUCCGUUUUAGCCUCCUUGUUCCUUCCCCCACCACCAAGUAAUCUUAAUUCUAACAAGAUGGCUAUCAAGAAAUCAAACAAACUACCACAAACAGCAGCUAUCAAACAGAUUCUGAAAAGGUGCUCAAGUUUUGGCAAGAAACAGGGUUAUGAUGAAAGCAGCCUUCCUGAUGAUGUACCCAAAGGCCAUUUUGUUGUGUACGUUGGAGAGAACAGAAGCAGAUACAUAAUCCCAAUAUCAUGGUUGGCUCACCCUGAGUUUCAGAGCUUGCUUCAAAGAGCUGAAGAGGAGUUUGGCUUUAACCACGACAUGGGCCUUACGAUUCCUUGUGAAGAAGUCGUUUUUCGCUCUCUAACAGCCAUGAUCAGAUGAAGAAACUUUAGUCGGGGGAUUGAAGAAAGAUGUAUGAAGUUGCUUUGCUUCCAUUCUGGGUCAUUUACCCUCAUUCUUAUGUAUGAUGAGUGGUUUUUCUGACCAUAACUUAUUGACAUUUUGGUCUUCUUAUAGUUAUUUACAAUCUGUACAUCCUGCAUGUACAUAAGUUGUAUUUGUCCCUCGAGUGGCACGUAUUCCACGUGCUCUUGAGAGUAUCCUUAGAAGUAAUGGAAAAGAUUUCAUGGGUAAAUCCAUGUUUAUUUACUUGAA